AUGGCAUUUGCUCUGAAGUACUGGUCUGUUCGACCAUGGAGUGCUAGUAUUAUAUUUCUUGAUGCACUUGUGGGGACCGGGUUCUCCUAUUCAAGAACUGCAGAUGGUUGGCCAACUUCAGACUCCAAAUCAGCAGAACAGUCUUACCAAUUCCUUAAAAAGUGGUUUGAUGAACACCCUCAAUAUCUAGCAGUUCAACUAUUUGUUGGUGGUAAUUCUUAUUCAGGCAUUACUGUCCCAUUGGUCACUAAAAAGAUUGUAGAUGGUAAUAAAGAUGGAGUCAAGCCAUUUAUGAACCUCAAAGGGGUACUUACUUGGAGCCUACGAAAAGAUUCGGUUAUUGAUGAGAAUUCGAAAGUAGUUUUCGCUCAUAGGAUGGCACUUAUAUCGGAUGAGGUUUAUGAGAAUGCCAAAAGGGGUUGCAAUGAGAAUUACAUGAAUGUAGACCCAGCAAACACAGCAUGUAUGGUUGCGCUUGGCAAUAUCAAAACGUGCAUUAAAGAUCUGUUUCGCAAUGAUAUUUUGGAACCGAAAUGUGUUUUUGCAAGUCCUGACCCUGGAGAAGAACCUGCAGCACGAAGGUCUCUUGAAGAAGGUCCUUCAGAUUUCCUUCUCUCACCUCCAAUGAUCCCGGAUCUUUGGCGCCGAUGGUGACCGUGACAUGGUUGUUCCAUUUGUGGGUACUGUGAAAUGGAAAAAGUCUUUGAAUUUGACAGUUGUCAAUGAUUGGAGGCCAUGGUUUGUCGACGGUCAAGUUGCAGGAUACACAGUAAACAAUUUUGAGUAUGGGUAUCGUUUGACAUAUGCAACUGUAAAAACAAUUGAAGGUCGUGGGUAGAUCUAACCACAAUAAUUGGCUACAAAAUUGACCAUUUGGUGAGAAAGGGAGAAGGUGGAGAGAGAAAAAGACACAGUGAGCAUUUGAAGAUAUGGAAAGGUAGACGAAAAGAAAGUGUACUUGUGAUGGGAAGACGUGGAAAGGGGCAAGGAUGGUGAGAGAUACUUCUGAAAGGUGAGCGGGAUCCAAUAGAAAUUAAGGCUCAGAACAUCUAUAUC